GCAGGCCUGACUCAACGGCAAACGGAACAAAGAGCCGUCAUAUUUCCAGCGCGGUGGUGCUUGCUCACAAUCGACCCAAGCUUUGCUUCUCGCGCGGCAUCGUCACAGCAAGUUCGGCCCACAACAAAACAGCCCGACAACACUGACAACAUCCGCCACCACGUGGUCGGUCGGCCGCUCCUCGCGAUUUCAGCGUUGCGUCCCGGAGCCACCCGCUCUGGCUGCGACUCCGCCGCCGCCAGGGUAGCGUCAGAGUCGCGGCCGCGCAGCCAAUCAGAGCGGGCGCCGGGCGCGAGUCUCGCGCGACGUGCGCCCCCCCGGCAGCAGCCGCCAGAAGGCGGCCAGAUUGAACGCGGUGCGUCGGCCCGUAGCGGGGUGCCGGGACAACGCCGCCACGGUUCUCGAGCGACGCCGACCCGCUCUUCUUCCGGCGGCCGCGCAGUCGCUGGCGGCCUCGUGACGCGUGUCUUCGACGGCAUGUGCGCGUGAUGCACGGCGACGCCCGCAAAGCGCGGCCCACGAGGGACGACGACGACCCACCGCGGCUCCGCAAUACUGCGUGGCACUGAACGGAUUUGUGCGUCUCAGCUACGACCAUGUGCGACCCGAGGACGGUGAUCGAAGGAUCGCUCAAGUACCGCGACGGCCGAAAGUGGAAGAGCCGCUGGUGCGUCGUCUCCAAGCUUUCGCCUGUGGCAGGUGAGUUUUCAUGUUUGCCAUGGCGGACAGAACAUUACCGUCUAAACGUAAGUGGACGCAGGUUGGGGCAUUCCUUGAAGGGAACGAAAUAAAGCAACAUUCCAAGGUAUCUAAAUUGCAUCCACGUGCAGCUGUACCGCGACAGCAAGGAGCGCUGCAAGCAAGGCCCGACCAAGGCGUCGCUGUCGCUGGCGGGCUGUCUGGGCCUCGAGUCCGGAUUCACGCUCGACAAAGAGAGCCACACAAUGGCGCUCAUCUGCCCCGACCUUGUGCUGUCGCUGGCCUUCGAUUCCAGGGAGCUACUUAUCCAGUGGCAGGUCAAGAUACGCGCCAAUGUUGCAGAAGUGCAACAGUUUCUGGUGCAGAUUUGGCACGCGCCGGGCCGCGCGAAGCUGGCGAGCGGCCCGGCGCGACUACACUUGCAAGACCACCUGUUCUGCAUGACGUCGGGGGUACCGCCUCGCCUUUUGGGCAGCUGGCCCCUGAAAGAACUGCGUCGAUUCGGACUGGUCGACGGGAAAUUCUGCUUCGAGGGAGGUUCCAAAUGCGGCAAGGGCGAAGGGCUGCACGUGCUCCACACCAACCAGGCUGAAGAACUGGCCGAGGCCUUCGAAGCGGCGUCCCGGGGGAAGCUGGCCGCGCGCAGGAAGCUCCCCUGCAAGGCUUCAGCCAUGGAGACGCCGUCGCGGAUGUCGCUGCAGCCCCGUUCUCGGGCCCAGGAGUCGAGCCAGUGCAGCAGCAGCGAGUCCCGCCGGCCGCUGCUGAGCUCGGGCUGCUCGGACGUGGGCUCCUGCGAUGCCUGCUUCGAGAUAGUGCGCUUCGCCGGCGACGCACCCACGCCCGAUGACUUCUUCCGCUCGAGGACUUUCUGCAAGGUCCACUACAGGUGGCCUUCGUGCGUGUCACAAGGCGGUCCCGCACCCAGCGUGUCUUCCAGUGACGCUGAGAGUGCAGACACAGUAUCACUGACCAUCAGCGACAUUCAAGAACCCUUGGGUACGAAAGAGACCUCUGACAACCAAGUCAGCAGCCCUAUGCCUGUCUCUGGCAGCGCCCCCGCAGUAUGGACAUACACCCACUGCGGAAAAUGCGGGCGUCACUACUGCGCCCGUUGCAGCUUUCCCAGCCAGAGUGGCAGAUCUCCGGACGGCAGCCGAUGGUUCGCUCCGCAAUGGACAUCGGACCUCAAGACGCACCAACAGCAGGCAUGGACGACCGGCGUGCACGGAAGGUCGCCAAGCGUCGCAGACUCCGGAAGCCGACCAGCCAGUGGAGUGGCGCCUCAAGCGAACGGCGGCCGCGGUGGCAAACCCUCAGACCGCGCGUCGCUCUGCUCCCAGAGCAGUGGCACAAGCAGUGCCAGCACCAGCGGCGCCAGCACUAGCUCGUCCGAGUACAACGUGCCACGGAGCUUCCUGGAGUCUCUGUACGACCAGCCUCGAAGCGUCAUUCACACGGACGCCGAACUGUUCAGAAACUAUCCAGGCGUCCGUCCGUCCUCCGGAGCGACGCCAUCUCCCGUGGUGGACUCUAUGUUGCCGGGGGUCCAUGGCUUCAGUGCGGCGCCUUGCAUCUGCAGCGCCCGUGGCACACAGCCGUGUCCCGAAACCCCUCUGGCGCGCUCCGGUUCCAGCGACUCCCCGCUUGCGUCGCCCAAACGUUCCACGCCGCAGCCGAGGCCUCCCUGCACGUGCAACGUACGACUGCAGUACCCAAACUACGACGUCCCACGAGCAGCAUUGGCUAAUCUCUACCUGAAGGAACAGUCCAAAAAUGCCGCCGACAUCACUCCUGACCUACCUUCGAGCGACACCAACAUCGACGCCGCGAUGCACUACGACGUCCCCAAGAAAUAUAAGGAGCACGUGUCGCAGCAAGAGCCGUGUCAAGGAACAAGGACUGCUCGGCUACCGUUAGCUUGCUCCUGCGGCAACAGCCUCUUGCCAGACCCCCUCUCUAUGUGCCAAGAACUUAACGCUUGCAGCCACGUUCGAGCUGCUUGCACGUGCAACCGAGUAACAUUCUGGGCCGGAAAUCUUGUUCCCUGUUUCCAAAGAACACCUUCCGAGGAAAACCAGCCUGCUACACUACAAUGCUCGAUCAGCUGCGCACCCUCUACUAUAUGUAGGGAACCAGGCAAGCGAAACAGGAUGCUUGGUAUCGUGCCCGACAGUAAGAAGCCGGACCACUUCUCCGACUAUGUGAACUGUCAUUUCAUAGAGUCUUUGCCGCUGUACCAAAACACUUGCGCGUUGUCCUCUCUGUCGGAACAGUGCGACUCCGAAAACGACGUGAAAAGCACUUCCGAAAAGAAAGUGAUGCUGCCAGGUUCCCCUUCAGUAAACCAAAACCAGUUCAAGAGCCCCGAAAAAUCUGCGACCUUGAAGAAGGCAGCUCCACGCUGCUCUCCUUCGUCAAGUACCAUCGGCGAAAGCUACGAAAUGAUGUCCUUCCGCGGUUCAUCAGAGCAAGUGAGCGUCGUCUGCGACAGCAACUACAUCGCCAUGCGCCCAAUCGAGCCUUGCAAGUGCGACAACGAUCGCGGCAGCAGCAAUGCCACAAGCUCGGACACAAAAAGAACUCCGCUUCCACUGCGGCCAUUCAUGCCAUAUUUGCUCCCUUGUGAGGAAGAGUUUCCAGAAGACGUGUCUUCCGAAACCGAGACAAGUUGGAAAAACAGCCCCAAAUGCAGCAUCGCAAGCAGCAGGCAACGCUCGACUGAGACGCCAGACAAGCCAUCACCCCUCGCUGACGCCAAAAGAAAGGUGCUCACGAAGAAACGGUCCAGCUCGGCCGAUGGGCGCCAAGAAACGGAAGAAAUGUCGGAGGCGGAAGAGGCCGUCCCCAUGGGCAGAGAACGGCGACCAACGUUUAACAAGCUUCCGUUCCGAGCUAGGUCUCAGAACUUGGUCGAUGUUACACCGCCGUCUUCAGUGCCUUCCACUCCGAACAACCGUUCUAUGGAAAAUUUGUACCGAAUCCCCUUUCACAGGUCAGCUGACUGCCUAAAGUUGAAAGGCGACUUCAGAUUUUCGGAGGAAGACAUCUCAAUGGACGCCGGUAAUGCCGAUUUGGGCGAUGCCCCUACGAACGGCACCAGUAUCAAGCGCUCCUCUAGUGUGCCUUGCAAACCGCAACAGCAGGACACCAUUUCGAGCCCGUCGGACUCCGGCGUGUCGACGAGCCUGCCAGAAAGCUCAGAAACUGUGUGCGAGCUUGCGGCGCACGAAUGUCAUAUGAGCUCGCACCCUUCGCUUCCAAGAAACCUCGAUGAAGGGACGACUGUGAGCCACCGUCGCUGCGACGAAAGCAAAAGGUUUAUUCAAGAAGCAUUCGCGCGAUGCCCACAGCAAGGGGCGUUCGGACUCCCUGGUGAGCGGUACGCGGCUGGCCUGAAAGGUUCCUCUGAAAGCAGUACUACCUCCUCAGACAGCGACUACAUCGAGACGCUGUCACUCUGUAGCAGCGGAAGCAACGGCAGCGGCUCCGAGUAUCUGCGAUGCGAGGACAUUGCGGCCGGGAGGCCGUGCCCUGUGUCGUGCGGCCUCAAGCCGCGCUCAGCCAAGGAAUACAACGCCAUCGACAGGUCGGCCAUCCGCCACGAGAUGCACGAGGAAGGCGUGUGCGGCGCGGUGCUGCACACCUGCCACCAGCGAACACACCACCACGCGCCGAUACACUUCACACUUCCCAAGGCGGCGCGCAGCGCACCUCCACCAUCUCCUGUACAAGGGCAGGGCGCUAGAGGAAGCGCCACCAAGUCAAGCCCAGCUGCGUCAUAACAGUCUAGUCGUCCCAGCGUUCGAGUACCGUGCCAUGGUUAGGGCUUUAGCCGCCUUCAUCAGCUUUGCUUCGGGCUCACAGCCCAAAAACAGCUACGCUGUACGGGAAAGAGAGAACAUUAGCGCCAAGAACCCAAUAUGGGUGGAGUCGGUUUAGUGACACCUGCUGCGAAGGGUCCAGGCUUUUCCAGAGGAAGUGUUCAAAUAUCACGAGUAGCGCAGCAGAGACCGAUUAAACGCCGGUCGUCGGCAGCAUAUGUAACAUGCGACGAGUCAGUGGCCAGAAAUGUCUAAAAGUUUAGUCAGGGAUAAACAUACAUCAAGCUUUGAGUACUAUGUAAGUGCGUACACCCUUAAAUGUCAUUUGUCACUCAUUAACGUCGUGGGCAUGGCAUGACUAUAAUAUAAACGUCCCUCAAAUACUGGCCUGAGUCAACUUUAAUGUAUUGUAAAGUAUUCUACUAGAAGCUUGGCGGCGGUUGCUUUCACCAACCAUUUUUUCUGUGGUGUGUUCAGAAGAAACUUCGAUAGAUGGAGUCUUUUCAUGGCAUACCAGGUUGCAUGUACACAUACGCUGCAGUGUGGCGCCUGCGAAAAAGUCGCAGGAAGUUUCUAUCCUGAAACAUUACGCAUUUCAUGGUGCCGCGAGAAGCGGUACACCACGAAGCCCUUAUUGGGCAUUCAUUAAACCAAAUUAUUCGUUACAAAAUAGAAAACCUCAGUCACGACAUGUUGUCGCUAGUCUUGUAGAUAUGGUAGUCUUCACAACAGGUAACAAUUUAGGCAGAUCAUUGUUUUCUGCGCGAUCUGCAUGCUUGUGUUAGAGAGCCUGUCAUUACGACGUACUAAUUUUGUAGAUAAGUCAUCACAUUUACGUCGAGAGUUCAUUCUUUUCAAGUUAUAAGAGGGUCAUUCACUUCUGUAGAUAUAUGAAAAAAAAUUGGAGUAUUCACAUGUACAGGCUGCGAGGUGUGGCGUCCGUUACCUUCCUAUAGUAUGUGGCGUUGAACGCGAACUUCCCUAUAGUUCUAUAGUGGUGCUCUUGUGGAUCUCUAAUAAACGUGUGUAUAUGUGUAUGUAUGACCGUGCAUAUAAGAGAGUGUGAAUUAUUCCAUUUUUAUUGACGUGACAAACUCGAAUAAUUUUUCAAGGCUUUGUUUUUCGUUAUCAUUCAUGUUUCCACAAUAUACAAGUAUAUGAUUUUGCAACGUUGUUGCACGAGCGAUAGCUUUGACGACGUCAUGUCGCAAGCUAGGGAAAGCAAGCUAAAAGGACAAUGUUUGCUUGCGCUUAUGCGACGAUGAUGUCAGAGUGCCAGCCUGGGCGAUCGACACUCUGUUUGCGAUGAUAGUGGCGAACCUGCAAAUGACUGAACGCAAAUAUUCGCAUCGAUUACUGCAGUGAAGCAGUAUUGCAAUAGAAGCGCCAAGGCGCAAAGAUCUUUAUAGCCAUAUUACAAGGGCUCUAUCAACGGCCGUUGACCCUAACGGUGGUUGCGAUCAGUUGAAGUUGAGAGGUGUUACAUGGCAGCUCCAACUGCCGUCGGCAUCAGAACUUAAACUGAGAACAAUACGGAGGAAGGAAAAGCACUAGCAGGAAGCAUGACGUCAGGUAGCUAGCCUCGGCAGGCCAACCUCCUUUGACGCCGCCCGUCCUUUCCUUCGGAACCUGCAUGUUGACCCUUGGGCAAUAGGCUUUCCUUGGUUGUCGGUCCUUUUUAGGCAUUGUUUGGUUCGUGGUAGCUCUUAGCGAGGCUCUCGUCGCAAGUACACGCAGCGCGAGCAAACGAAGCCAGAGCAUAGAACGGGACACGACGGAGAGCUUCGUUUUCGUCAGCUCGCGCUGUACGCACUUGCAAUCUCGCGCCAACUGGAACAAGGAAACGUGUUAACGCUCUCGUCACAAUCAGCCCUCGCCACCUGCUUUUCUUUACUCCCUACUCUCCGGGUGCCCGGCGACUAUAAAUUACCGCUUGCCUAUCACGUGGUGGGGGCCUCCUUGCCGUGAGCCUUUCCUCUAUAUUCUUUCAUGACUGCGCUUCAAAACUGUCGCAUGGCGCUUUCUUCUAGUCUUUUUCCUUCCUCCAUGAUCGCAGUCAAGGCAAGUCAUCUGUCAAGAUGUCAACUAUCUCCAGUGUUGCGAAUGCGGCGUCACAAGUUUAUUCUCCCAAAAAGCGUACGCAUAAAGCGACUUCUCUAUCAGAAAACUCUUAUGUUGGUGUCAUUUGUUAUCAAAAUAAUAUAGCGCAAGCAGAUAUAAACAGAUUUUUUUUUCUGAACAUGAUUUAAAAGUGUGAUCACGUGAUCGGAUGCGCAUAACAGAAUUGAACGCCGAAUACGCCUUAUAACAGCCGAUAGAAUUCGUUCAGCUGAAUGGUCGCGCAGUUGAAAAUGUCCUGGUAACGCGGGUAUUAAAAGUCGUGCCAUCGAGUAAAAUAGCAUUGCUGACUUGCAAGAAAUACGUACCUAUUAUAACUAAGCCCUUGUAUCGUCUACCGCGUUCAGCGACAUAGAUUAAAGUUAUAAAGUGCAACUGGGGACGCCAGCAAUUAACGGGGGUUAAGCGGGCUGAUUAAGUGGCGCUCGAAUUAUGUUUGCUUGUAGACUAAAUGUUAAAUGUACCUCAAUACAGCUUGCGCUUUGUUCUUCCGAAGCGUUCAAAGAGCGCUUUUUGAAUGCACACACCUGUUGAGCUCAACUACAAAAGAUUUUUUUUUUAUUUGAAUGCACACAAGAUGCAUCUUAUCGUAUGAAGUCUUAUAGAAUACUUACUUGCGCAGUGUCAUUUUAGGCCUCAAUUCAAGCUGUCUCUUCAAAGUUAUGCUUUCACAGCUUUUAAACACCUCUAGUAUUACAAUGAUGUUCCUGAGCGUAACAGCUUUGCUUUCUGUUGCGCUUAUAAGCGAGUCUGUUCAGCCCUGUCGUGUUCAAUUCACCAUCCACAAAGCGGCGCAAGAACUCACGUGCUUGCGUUACUUACUUUUGUCGUAGGAAGCCCGAAAUGACUACACAUUCCGCCUGCUAUAUGACUACCCGCUAAGCUUCGCAUUGCUGGUUUACUUGUCAUGCAUCUGGUUAUCCAAAUACAGAAGUGUCAUUGCAUUCUUAUUUUAAGCCUAAGCUUCGCGCACUUACGACAGCAUUCAGCUAUGACCCACAUACACUAACGAUAACAUUGUCGGGUAACUAGUCAGAAUAAUCGCCAAACCAAGACUUAAUGUGCGCGUAUAAUAACUUUCGUAAUUUUUUCACCCCACCAUGCUUCCGUGCUGCUUCAUUUGUGUGUGCGUGCGUGCGCGCGCGCGCUACGGAUCUGAGUCGCGAAGCCUAGCGCGUUAUAGAUAUACAUAUUUUUUUCACAAAAUGCAACUGCUGCACAUAACCUUACAGGCUAAGACGCAUUCCAAGGGCAUGGCACGAAGUGGCUUAGUUAUGUUUGUUGCUUCUUUGAAAGGAAGAUGGCACUUUUGGACAUACGAAGUUAUAUGGGAGAUGCUUAUACACAGCUAGAACCUAACAAGCUCUCCGGAUUUUAACGACGCUGGGUGUGUGAUUAGGACACUAUAUUAUACUCGGUAUUAUAAAACCAACCUGCCUGUUCUAAACUACUUGGAUUCUAGUCUUCCUGCUCAAAUUUAAAAUAAGAACAACAUAGAGAGGUCAGGUCAGUCUUGGAUCAAUGCUUGCUACCAGCAGACACCCCAGCGGACACCAUUGGUCACCAAGCUUCAUUCCAGGUUUAUGGAAUGACCCUGAGCAGUUGGCCCUUUAGUCGUGAUUACGUAUUCAUAAAAUCGUGAACUAGAAUAAUUCGCCACGCAAAACAAGGAAACCAGUGCCGUACAAAUAAAUUAAGUAAACAGCGUAAAGCAGUAAAACAAAAAGAUACAAAGUUAACACGUCUAAAGGCAGUACGUUACAGAACUGAGAGCUGUCUUCGAUCCGUGCUGUUUACAGCUGUAAAUACAUACGUAUAUGUGAACGGAAAAGGUAGAAAAAAACAUGCAUGCGAGAAAACUAUCUGAAUCAAUGUACAAGUAUAAUGCAUUAUUUAGCGUUGCACCACACACGGCUCUUUCUCUUGUUUAUUUCUUUCUAUCUUUAUUUAUUUGUUAAAAUCUUAUCUAAACUUUUCUUCUGACUCCUACUGCAGCGUGUUGCCACAUUGAGUAGGGUUUUCUUGUGGAAUUUGGAGUUCCCUGUUCAGUAGCUCUUCACAAUAUAAUCUUUAAUUCGCCACAGUAUCAAAUAUUUGCUUUUCUCUCAUUAAGCCUGGACACAGGCUCAACUCUUUGUUUCUGCUCAAAACUACCUACUCCUUAUCCAUUUCCCGCACUUAACGCAAGCAUUUAAAAUGCUGUGCAGUAGACGAUAGAUAGAAGGGUUCAUCUGGUUCCCGCUGCUCCUGUAGCGUUGCAGUGUUGGAUACGCUACACAAGUUUCACUAAGCGGCUCCGUUAUGGAUUUCAAUCACGGGGGCAACAACCCAUGUACUUUCGACAAGGACCGCACAUAAAUCAAAGCACUUGUGCAGAAUUUUUUCUUAAUAUCAAUGUAUGGCUGUAGAAGUAUAUCAUACGACUCGGAGAAAUUACAGCAAGACGAGAAAUUAAAACAAUAAAUGCUGCUGCAACAGACGUUAUAUUAUCGAGUACUUCACUCCGAAUCUCUGCUCUUGACAAUGUGAAACGAAGAACAUGGUUCUUUCGCGAUAGAACCAAGAUUAAGAUGUAAAAUGACAGGUGCACAAAGCCAGUGAUGGCAGUAGUCAAUUAUUUGCAGGUCUAACUAUCAAGGUGCGCUGACCCAGCGUUAAAAAUGCAAAUAUACACUUUGGGUCACUAGUCAGUCAAGGGUGCUUGCUCGCAUUGAACAGUACGACAUGCGUCUGCUUCUUUAGAACAAUGGCUCAAAGGAAGCGUAUUAGUUACAAAGGCUAGUUAUACUGCCCUAUGUGAACUAUACAAAGGUCAACCUUCCAGCCUGUUGCCCAUAACGCUAGUUUGUGUCCGUUAGUACACGUCGGUGUUUAUUAUUUCAACACCUGUUGUUUAGCUUUUUGUCAAAGUCGCGUUUAUAUUCUUUUUUACUAUGCUGUCUGCAGCCUGCUGUACUAUUUGCCGUUUCUCGAGCGUCACAGCGUAUAGAUGUGAAGAAUGUAUAGGUAUGCGCCCACGAGAAGUCAAAUAAAAUACGGUUGUACAAGUACUC